UGUUAUCGCAUAAACAGGGAUACGCGGUUGCACAUGGGGGAAUCUAUGGAUGCGCGCUUCGAGAGAACGCUGGCAAUGAGUGAUAAGAUCCGCUAUCUCGGUUACGAAUUGACAGAAAUCUGGGAGUGUGAUUUCGAUAGAUGGAUAAGCGAUCCGGCACAGGCUACAUUAUGUAGAACAUUGAAUGAGAACCCGUUGGUAGCGCAACUACCGCUGGAACCCCGCGAUGCUUUCUUCGGUGGACGUACAGGGAAUACCGUCAGUUUUUACGAAGUCGAGGGUUCUGAGAGGAUACACUACGUGGAUGUGUGUUCGCUCUACCCCUUCAUAUCGAAAACGGGGAAAUUCCCUGUAGGUCACCCUAGAGUGUACGUGGGCAAUGAUUGUCGCGAACUAACGGGUGAUCACAAUAACAUCGAUAGCGUAGAGGGGCUGAUUAAGUGUGUCGUGUUACCACCGCGAGAUCUGUAUCACCCCGUGUUACCGACACGCAUGCACGGUAAAUUGCUUUUCGCACUGUGUCGUUCCUGUGCAGAGUCAACGCUACAGGGCUCGUGUCCUCACGAGAAUCCUGAGGAUAGAAUAUUCGAAGGGACAUGGGUUGUGGACGAGGUCAGACGCGCUGUACGUAAAGGAUAUCAAAUAACGGCGAUAAACGAAAUAUGGCAAUACGAGAUCACUCAGUACGAUCCGACGACGCGGACGGGCGGUCACUUUGCCAGUUACAUAAAUACGUUCCUGAAGAUUAAGCAGGAGGCUAGCGGCUGGCCGCGCGAGUGCUGCGACGAUGAGUCUAAGAAGCUGUAUGUAGAGGAGUACGAUCGGGUCGAGGGUAUUCGACUAGAUCCUGCUAAUAUAAAAUCAAAUCCCGGUCUGCGAGCAGUCGCCAAACUGUGUCUGAAUUCCUUUUGGGGUAAGUUCGGGCAGCGCGAGAAUCUACCUAAAACGGAAAUCGUAACGACUCGUCAGAAGCUCGUGAGUUUGCUUACGUGUCCGGAGGUCGAAAUUACGGGUAUUCUACCCGUAGAUGACAAAGUACUCUACGUCAACACGAGUAGUACGAGCGAAUCGGGGAUACCCACAGCGUACACGGAUGACGAAGUACUCUACGUCAACACAAAAUGGCUGGAGAGGUACAGCGAGUACGGGAGCGCUAUAGAGUUUUACGAGGGGCUACCGCAGAACGCCGGUUACGGCAACGAUCCACUCCCGAAACUCGUCAUCAUCGACGACCUUAUGAGGGAAUAG